CUCCAGAUACUAUUGAUUUAGUGUAUGACGAGUAGGUGCUGCCGGGAGAAGGUCAAGAAAAGCAAUGGGGCUUUUCUGAGGAAGUUGAAGAAGGUGCAGGAGGACUCCGGGCUCUUCCUGAGGAAGUUGAAAAAAGUGAAGAAGAGCAAGAAAUUGCUCUAAUUCGCAAGCGUAAAGGCAAAAUGAUUGCCCAGGAGGAGCCCAAGCGGCCUCGGAGGGCUGAUACUCCGGCCCACGGUCUUGAUGGUGGGGUCUCUCCCAUGGAAGAACAUACUGCCCCUCCCAACAUUGUGCUGACUCCGGUUCCUGGAGACGAGGCGAGACAGGAGCUCCGGAUAGCUAAACACAACUACGCCAUGGAUGAAUACUCCCGGGGGUAUGCUGAGGUGGAAGCCCUUAGGAGGGUUUUGCGGGUUGAGGUGCAAAACACCAUCAAUAACCCGGAGUACCAGAAUCCGUGGGACCUAAAUUUGGACCCCCUAUCGGACUGGUUUGGUCGCCUCCUUGGGCCUACCUUAGCUCCCUUUGCUGCGGAGAUGACCGGCAAGUUUGCGUCUCAGCUUACCCGGUGCGCGCCUAAGCGGUUCGCUGCUUGUGCAUCCUUGAACUCCAUCUUCCAAGUCCAGGAUCUCAGCCACUCCCUCACUGUGCUUGCUGCCGAAGCUGGCCGCCUCUCCAAGAACAUAAUCAACCAUGGCUUCGUCCUGUCUGAUUUUGGGGACAUGAACGAAGUCAGGAAGGUUCUUCAGGAUCUUACUGCUGAGAGGCAGCUUUACCAAGAGGCUGCUGAGCGCCGGGAGGCCGCUGCCAAAGCUAAUGAGGAAGAGGCUAAGCGGAGGGAAGCCCAGGCGGAGGCGAUGAUCCGGGAGGAGGCCCUGCGGAGAGACUGGUUGGAGGCCAAGCACCAAGAGGAGCUGAGGGCGGAAGGUGAGGCUACUGCAAAGGCCAGGCAGGAGCUUCGGGAGGCCAGGGAAGCCUUGGACGAGAUGGUUGCCAAGGUGAGAUCCUUAGAGGAAACUCACCAGGCAAACUUAGAGUCCAGGGCCACUCUGGCCGCGGAGCUGAAGGAGCUCAGGGACUUCAAGGAACAAGCCUCAAAGAAGGCAAAAAGGGCUGAGCUUCUUUCUCCCGUUUCCUGCGGCCGGUGCCCUAAGCGCUUCGACGAUGGCGUCUUCAUGGCUUGGUCUACCAAUGACCAAAAUAUCAAGCUUACCUUCUACCCCAAACCUGAGGAGAUGAUUGCCAAAUUUCGGGAGAAGAAGAAAAAGCUUGAUGCCAUGGUGGAGGCACGUAUCGGACCUCGUCUCCCUCCGCGCAUUGAUUAGGCCGCUCGAGAUUAACCCAGUACAACCUGGAUUUCACCCACUUCUCUUUUUUUUUUUCCUUUAUAUAUAUUUGUUUAUAUACAGCUAUUUUGAGACAAUAUUUAUAUAGCUGUUUUUAUUUAGAGGGUAGACAAUUUCUAAGGCCUGUCCCCGGGCCAUUUGUAUAUAUUUUGACCUGCCCUUUAGGGCUAGGAUAUUUAUAAGUGAUCUUUUUUGAUGCACAUAUUUCUCUUUUUGACCUGUCCUUUGGAUCAGGAUUUUUAUACUUAUGCUUUUUAUUUUUGUGCAUACUCUUUUUGACCUGCCCUUUGGGUCAGGAUAUUUUACUUAGUUUGUUUUCUGUCUGUCCGUGCGGUAUACCCUAGUACCCCCCUCAGUGGCAUAGAAACUUUGUUUUUAAGGCACUCAGUUUUAUUCAACAUGUGGAGGAUGUAUACAUUUAGACGGUACAAACCCUUUAAACAAAGUCUAAGUUACAUUCUGGGCUAUUGGUAAUAUUUUCUGAGGUGAUCGGCAUUCCAAGCUCUUGGCACAAUGGUUCCAUCCAUUCUUUUUAGCUUGUAAGUGCUUGAGCCGAUUUCGUCCUCGAUUUCAUAUGGUCCUUCCCAAUUUGUCCCAAGUACCCCCACUCCGGGUUCUUGGGU